AUGAAUCUGGAAAGUAGCCACAAAAAUCUAGUGCACACGCAAAACACAGAAAACGGAAACAAUUCUUAUAAAGUUAUGAAUCAACAUGUACUGAAAGAUGAUUGCACAAAUGAGACAAAAAAAAAUGAAAUAUGGAAUCAGCAAGUGGGGUAUGUCAACAAGAAUGAGAAGAGUUGCAACAUCAACUAUACAGACACACAUUUUGAGGAAGGCGAAGGGGAUAAAAAUGUAGAAGAGAAAAAGAUACCCUUAGAUUUACACGAGGGUCACAAAUUGGCAUCUCAAAGUAAAAAAGGAAUACCAUUUUGCAUGGAGACUCAGGAUGACACCAGUUGUUCUAGCUACUGCGAAGGGUACCCGCACGAAAAGUACAAGGAGGAUAAGGACGCACUGGAGGGUGCAGAGGCAUGCGAAAAGGGGAGGUGUACUGAUUAUAGUAUAGCGGAUGCGGGUGCUAGUUAUGGCUGGAGUGAAAGACUGAAAGCGGGGCAGGAUAACUUCAUAGGAGAAGAGACCGAAGUGGUGACCGAGAAACAAACCAAGAAAAAGACCGCGAAACGAGAGGUGGAACGAAACGAGGUUGCCCCCCCAACUGGGUUGGAAAAGCAUGACCAUGACACAAAUGAAUGUGGAGGGGAAUCCAAAGCGGAUGUGCCCAAACAGGGUACGAAAAAAUGCACCUCCAGAGAAACCCUAAAGAAGGGGAAAGAAACGAACACGUCCUCGAUUAAGAAUGACAAAAUGUUAAUGAAGCAAAAAUGCAGCAAAAUUAAGGAAAGCGAGAAAAAAACAAAUGACGAUAUUUUAGAACUGAAGGAUGAAAAUAAUAGUUCGAAGGGAAUUCAGACAGGUGCUGAGGGGAAGCCAUGUAAUGACAAGGGUUCCGGUGUAUCAAAUGGAAAGGUGAUCGAAGAAAUACUUAAAGGUGAAAGAAAGGAACACCAAAUGGAGAGCUCAUCAUAUGAUAAAAGAAAUGAUAAAAAGAGCAAGAGGAAAUAUUCUGAUGAAAAUGUUAAUGGUAAAGAUGACAUAGGUUUGCACGAGAAGGGGAACACGAGGAAGAAAAAAAAGAAAGGUAACGAUAAAAAUGAUCAUAAUCUUGGCCACAAAGAAUUCGCCAAAACGAAGGAAAAAAAAGUAAAAGAAGAAAAAUAA